GGCGAAGGGCUCUUGGUUGCCGAAGGAAAACGGCUAACGGCCUGAUACUAGUUUGGCAUCCAGGGUACUGAUAUGGCGGAGUGUCGACAGAAAACGGUUGUUUUGAAGGGUUUGGAUGCAGCCAUGUUUGGGGAGAUCCUGAGUUACAUCUACUCGAGAACCCUCCACGUGUCCCUGGACAGAGUGCAGCACCUGUACCAGGCAGCCGACCUCCUGCAGCUGGACUACGUGAGAGACACCUGCAGCAGCUACAUGGCCAUGAACGUGGAGCGUUCCACCUGUGUGGAACUGUACAAGUUUGCUGAUGCCUUUGCUGUGGACAUUGUUUUGAACCAAUGUCUGCAGUGUGUCCACUGUCGGCACUUCGCUAAGGUUAAUAGUAAAUAAGUUACAACCUCUGUAUAAGGACUAUCAUGCAAGCAUUAAGAAACAUGUAUUAUUGUAUAUAGUGUACAUCUGUCUACUAGUACUCUGUUGUCACUAUAAACAUUUUUGGCUGUCUUUUUUUAAUUAUCGCGAUUGU